CGAAUCCCACCGUCAUAAGGCGUGCUUCGGUUAAUUCAUUGACUGUGAAAAUUGUUGGUUUCUUUUUGAUUUGUGUAAAAAAAUAAAAACGUGUCAAAUAAUUUACGCCGCUAAUGACAAAUAAUUGUUUGGUUGAAUUUGCAGAUUUAGCGAGGCCGCGUCGUGCGAGCUAUUCGUGUUGAGUGAAGGCGUGAAACAAGAGGGAAACAGUGGACGGCGGUGAUUGUGCAAGAAAGAAACAGAAGAUACAAAAUUGAAAGGAAAGGUGGAAAUUGAAAAGAGAUAGAUAACCGCGCGCGUCUUCUUGCCGCCUUUCGAAAAAGUAAGUCUAUUUUUAAUUAUAAAAACGCCUCCCUCAUAUGUGUAAUUGAACAUUUCAAGUAAAUAAAAAAAAACUGUUAGUAUUUAAUUGAUUAAAUUAGUGACUGGAAGGUGUUGUAAAUGUAAGAGUUCCGUUUGAGAAUCCACGUCUCUAUGUGGACCUCGGUGAGUCCCGGAAGGCAAGUUAUCAGCUCGAAAGGAGGCGAACGCCUGCGAUGAGCAUGCCGGGAAAGGGCAAUAAACACCAUCAUAUGCCCCAUCAUCAUCAACAGCAACAUCAUCCCCAACAGCAACAACUACAUCAAGCAUCGCACGUCGUCAACGUGAACGUCAAUCAAACCGGCGUGACUCAUUCGCCGCAAUAUAAUACCGUAGUUGCUGCUAAUCAACGUUUUGUGCCGCAUGCUGGAUCGGAGUUUCAUGUUCCUGGACAGAGUUACGGUGCCCAGCCAGGUGGGCAGGUGGGUGGUGGCGGGGGAAACGUUGGUGUACCAGGAGGUAGAGGUCCUCCUCUAGGAGGUAUACAGUCUAUAGGACAAACGCAAACAGGAAUUCCACCAGGAGGUCCAGCUGGUGGACAACAACCACCUCCACAAGCACAAACACCAGGUGUACAGCCUCAACAACCUCAGGGUCCAACUCCCACAACAACACCCCCUGUACAUACACCUUCACCUCAAGAAAUGGGGAAACAGGGCCAUUUACAAACCGUUUUUGUUACUAAUCAACAGAGGCCAUCCUCACAAGCUUACUAUUCAGCGGGUCCGAGGCCUCAGCAACCAAGAGGGAUGAAUCACAGAGGUGGUCAGGGUGGCGGUAGCACCCAAGUGAUAAGCAUGGGUGGAGCCCCUAGUGCGGGUGCUCAACAAAUGCAAUAUUCACAUCAUAAUUUUCCAGGAAUGUUCGUCCAAAGUCAACUUUCUAAUCUUCAACAUCAACACCAACAACCUGUAAAUUAUCCAAUGUCCAUGCCGUUGCGUCCUCCUCAACCGCAUCACAAUCAAGGACAAAGUCCAUUUUAUCAGUACCCACAUCCCCCAACCGCAAUUAUUACACCAAGUCCAUUUUUUUAUUCACAGCAAUCAGGUAAUUUUGCCGUGUAUCCAGUGAAUCAUGCAUUCAUAAGGGCGGCUUCUGCAAAUGCUGUUAAUAGUAAUGCACAGCAUAUGCAAGGACAAUUGACAAAUGCUCAGGGAAGUACUGUUGUUCCUCAAGGUACCCUUCAGCAACCUGCACAACAACCUCAACCAAUGCCAACGAUGAUAUCCGUGGCACCCUCGGAAGUAUUCACGGGGCACAACGGAGGUGCAUCAGGUGCGUCUAGUAUCUCAAGUAGAAAGCAGAGAAGGGCGAAAGCCAUUGAAAUCAUACAUCCUGAUACUGGCAAAUCAAUCAGCGAAGAGAUUUACAAUAAUGAAUCCGAGAAAGGAGAUAUCGAUAAUCGAGAGGCUCCUCAAAUGCAAAAUUGCGACAAGGCUGUGAUAGCUGACUUUGCGGCAAUGGUCGCAAAAGCCGCGACCGAGUCAAGUUCCGAUUCACCGGUGGCAUCAAGCGCACCCGAAUCUCCCAGUUCCCAAAUUACAUCCCAAAGUUUAUCGAACCUCAAAGUUCAAACGAAUUCCACUACUAAUAGUCAAUCUAAUACCGGUCCUCCUACCCCAACACAACAAACAUUACCCGGCGCUUUAACGUCACACAGUCAAUCGUUAGGUACUUCUAGUAAUGCGGCUCAAUUAGAAUCGUGCCCGGUUAAAGUGGAUUCAAAGCCACUUCAGCCAUUAAUCAAAGAAUUUCAGCCACGAGGAAUUGAUACGAUGAAAAUUGUGACAACACCUGUCGCAGAACAAUUUCACGUUCAAACAAAUUCCUCGGCUACUGCUGUUUCUUCUUCUGUAACUACUGCUGCUGCUGUUGCUACUACUACCAUUACAAAUAAAGAUAAUAAUAAAAUUCCCACACAGCCUCCAGGUGUCAGUGUUGUGAACGUGCCUGCAAGUGAAGUUGAAUUGAAGAAUACAAAUUUACCUCAGGCAACUCCAAUUCCUUCAUCAACAUCGAGCUCAAAUAAUCCCGAUGUCCUUAUCCCGUCCACUACUGCCGUGGGUGCUAAUAAUAACAACCCAGUUCCAACAAAGGAUCCAUUCCCAAAUUUAGUCAACAAAAAUAAAUCAAGCUCAUCGCCGCCAUCACGUCGGAAAUAUCAAAAUCCAAAUAUUCCUCCAAAUGCCAUUACCAUACCUGAGAUGCCACCAUUGAUUAAGGAAUCAAAAGAACAAAGGGAGAGGAAGGCAAAUGAGAAAAAUGCCAAUUCAAGAGGUACAACACCAACGCCUGUUCACAAUCAACCUGAACAUUUUCAUCAAAAGACUAAUGGCGAAACUAGCGACAAAUCAGAAAUUGAAACACUGCCGAAAAAUGAAACGCAACAGAAGACUUUGGAUGGCAAAUCUGCGAUGCAGAAGCAGAAAAAUAAGAGUAAGCAGAAAAAUCGCGAAAUUAGCCGUAAAGGAGCGGAAAAGGAAAGUGGUUCGGAUAUGGAUGCCUUUAUGAAUUCGGUACCAUCCGGGAAAAUAGUGGAAAAUAAACAACAGACUGAUAUUAAGGAAGCAUUACCUCAGAGGGAUAGUAAUAAAGAACCAGUUAAAGAAAUAACGAAAGAUAUUAAAGAAAAAGAUAAUCAUGAAUCAAAGAAAGAAAAACAACAACAACAACAACAGGCUGUGCCACAAACUAAUGAAACGACUCCCAUGGAAAUUCCCAUGGAAAAUACAACGAGUGUAGAAAAAACAUCACCCGCUACUACAUUUAAUCACAAGGAUAUAAAACCAACGAUAGAAGAAAGCUCAAAAUCGCCGACAAUUGUUAGUAGUAGUAAUAUGUCGCCAAUUCCAAAUGAUGUUGUUGAUCAUUCUGUAACAAUUAAAACGGAAAUUGAUCUUAAAUUAAUUGUCGCCCAAAAGAAUGAGGAAAAUUCAAAGGUAUCGGCAUUACGUACCUCUAUUGAGGAAACUGUUACUGUAAUUGAAAAACAAGAUGAAAAUGCAGCGCCAAAUCAAAUUGAAACUAUUCCCAAAGGACCACAAUUAUUAAAAUAUACAUACCUUGUUGAUCAAUGGAGUCCUAUUAAUCAAAAGGGAAAAAAGACUUAUGGCAGGGAUUUUCUAAUGCAAUUGCAAGAGGAUCCACACAGUAAAAUAAAACCAAUAAAUCUUCCUGAUUUAGAUGUUGUUCUUAAGGAUGGUUCGAAAAUUCGACAACACAUCAGUCGAAAUCGUAGUCCUGAAAUGCGUUCAUUCAAAGAUCAUAAUAUGAGAGGACACGAUAAUUUACUUCCUGGAUUUGCUAAGAAUUCAAUGAACGCCAAAAUGGGAGGCUUGCCACCAGCGAAUAAAAAGAGCAAUCCUGGAAAACCAAGGCAACCAAAUAAACCAAAUAUGGUGAUGCCAAUUUCCCUCUCGUUACGAGAAGAAGUUAAAUUACGAGAGUCGGAAAAUGCUUGGAAACCGAUGAUGAGACUAAAGAAUCAAGAUGUUGAUGUUGAAGAAGCUAAGACCGAAGUUCUAUGUAAAAAAGUUCGUAGUGUGCUUAAUAAAUUAACACCACAAAAAUUCGACACUUUAGUUGGUCAAGUCAGAGCAUUAAAUAUUGACACUAAGGAAAGAAUGGAACGAGUCAUCAAUCUCGUCUUUGAAAAGGCAAUUGAUGAACCCAGUUUUUCCGUAGAAUACGCUCUUAUGUGUAAAGAACUUGCCAUGAUGCAAGUUUCUGGUACAGAUCAAUCUGACACAACAUCGGCAAACUUUAGGAAAUUAAUUGUUACACGUUGUCAAACGGAAUUCCAAAAGGAAUCAGAAAAUGGUGAAUUGAGAGAGACUAAAUCUAAGGAAAUUGAUGAAUGUGCAGAUCCUGACAAAAAGAAAGAAUUAAUAUCAUUCUAUGAGGAAGAGGAGAGGAGGAUACGAAUGAAGUCAGUUGGUAAUAUUAGAUUCAUUGGAGAACUUUUUAAACAAGGAAUGUUGACGAAAAAUAUUAUGCAUUUCUGUAUAAAUCAUUUAUUACAAUUCCGAGAUGAAGAAAAUCUAGAAUGUUUGUGUAAAUUAUUAACGACAAUAGGAAAAAAAUUGGAAUCUAAAGAUGAAUUGAAUGAACAUUUUAAGCAGAUGCAGAGCAUCGCAAAUGAUAAGGGAAGAAUAAAUUCUAGAGUUCGUUUUAUGCUCAAAGACGUAAUUGACUUGAGGGCGAAUAAAUGGGUGCCAAGGAGAGACGAUAGUAAUCCUAAGACUAUGGACCAAAUUCAAAGGGAGGCAGAAACAGAGCGAUUGGAUGCUCAACUUAACGUUCCUCUUAAUACACCACGAAAAGAUGAUCGAAACGUCGAUCGAAGGAGAAAUCGUGGUGGGGUAGGGUCUUCCGAAGAUGGUGGUUGGAGUCAGCCAGUUCGAACGUCGAGAAAUACAUACUCUUGUGAUAGUUCGAAACUUAAAACGAAACCUCCUUCAAUGGACGAUCUUCAAUUAGGAAAUAGAAGUGCUUAUACAAUGUGGAAUAAGAAUAUUCCUCCAGUAGGAUCCACAAAAAUGCAAAAUAAAUUCUCACCCUUAGAAAGUAUUUCAUCGUUUGAUCAAGAAAAACGUACUCCACUCCAACUUUCUGGAUCAAAAUCGAUGGGACCACGAGAAUGUGGAAGAACGGAUUACAAAUCUUCUUAUGAUGGUAGAAGUUCGCGAAAUGGUAGUAGCUACCCAUUAAGUAGUAGUGGUUCCUUGAGUAGAGAGGGAAUCUCCGCGCUUGAUAGUGGAAGAAGUCAAAGUAUUUCUAUGCCUCCUCAGAGCAAACCAGCUCCACAACCUACCUCUAUUAGUAAUAAACCCGAAAAGUCUGAAGAUGAACUCGUUAAAAUUGUCGAUUUAUUCGUGGAUGAAUAUAUUGCAGAGGGUAAUAAAGAUGAUAUUUCACAAGAAAUAAGAGAUCAUUUCCCAACAUCUCAAUUGCCAAUGGUGAUUCGUCAAAUGAUUAACGCAGUUCUUGAGAAAUCUGUCACUGCACGGGAAUCUAUAUCAAAGCUGUUGUCCUUCCUCAUCACCAAAAAAACCAUUACACUGAACGACGUUCAGAAAGGAUUGGCUGAAGUUCUUGAAUGCAUUGACGAUUUGAUAAUUGAUAUUCCAAAAAUUUGGUCUUACAUUGCCGAUAUUUUGGUACACCUUCUAAUUGACGAAACUCAUCCAUUUGCGGAAUUACCAAUUACCUUAGCUAAUUUGAGAAUUAAAGGACAAAGUGGAAAAUUUGUAGGCGAAUUAUUCUCAAAAGUGGCUACAAUUAGUGGACCAGAAAUGCUCGUUCAAAAAUGGCUUAUGAGUAAAUUGCAAUUUAGUGAUAUUAUUAAUGGAGAACGAGAAAAUAUUGAUGAAAUUAUCAAGAAUUAUAAAUUACAAGUACUCGUCGAAGAGAAAUCGUUGACAUUUACUCUUGAACAAAUUCAGGAUUAUCUUGUAAAAUUGAUGAAGACCAAUAGCAAUAGUACAUUUGAUGAUGUUGUUAAUUGGAUAAAGAAUAAUGUUCCAGACAGAGUUCUUGAGCCACAAUUUAUCCGAGUUCUCAUGACUGCCAUUUUGGAAGUAUCCACUGUUCGUAAUAAUCAAAGACACGACUUCAAGCCUGAAAUUUUCCAAGGCUUGCAAUUGCUGAUACAAAGGUUCGUCGAUGCGAAUGAAAAAUUAGAAUUGCAAUGUCUGUUCGCUGUUCAGUCAUUUGCAAAUAAAUUAGAAUUUCCGUCUGGACUGCUUUUAAACAUUUUUGAUAAAUUAUGUGAGGACAAUAUAAUUUCCUUUGAGUCUUUCAUCUCGUGGGAGACGAAUGACGAUGCGACUGAACGUGAGGGAAAGGCAGUAGCUUUAAAAGCACUUACGUCUUUUUUCACUUCGUUGAAGGAAGCCGAGGAAGUUUCUGAAGAAGAAACAUCAGCUCAAGUGCGUUAAUGUUUGUCAGUGUUUUAAAGAAAAAAAAAAAAGGAAAAUUAAGAAUUUUUGACCGUAUACCAACGCGACGUGAGUUUUUACUCUUUAUUCCUGAUUGCAUGAAACAUGUUUUCCAGGAAAGUGCGUUUUUUUCGCAAUUAAUAAGUGCUAAAAGACUUAUGAAUUUGUACCAAGACUCCAUAAAUUUAACUUUAAAACUCGAACUCUUAGAAAGUGGCCAAAAUUGCAGUUGUUUUUUUUUUUUGUUUUUUAAAUGGACACAUUUAUCUUACAAAGACAAUGGAAUAAGUGAUUGUGCCGAGAUGUGUAUUAUAGCCUAGGACAUAAAAAAAAAAAGCCGAAGACAAAGUCGAGGCAAAUCAACGGUUACACUGAAAUUCCGUAUUUGCGAUACGCUAUACAUAAAAUUGAAGAUAAAAAACAAAAUAUUAACUAUUAAUAAUGAAUACAGAAAUAACUGCAAGAUAAUUAUUAUAUAUAAUUGAUUUAAAAAAAAAGGUUUAAAGUUUAAAUAAAGAAAUGAGAAAAAAAAACAAACAAAAACUUUGAAAAAUGAUAUCGUGUUUUUAAAAAAAUAAAAAAAAAGUCACGGGAAAUGUUUUCGCGGCUUUUCUAAUCACGUUCUCUCUUGGACUCGCGUUUAUUACAAUCGUCAAAUAAAAAUUUAAUAAGCCGCGGAUACAUUUCAAUUUUUAAACGAUAUCGCACAUCGACAAAAAAGUACUUGCUAUAAACUUAGAUAAUCGGGAUAUAAAAUCGUGUAAGUACAUCUUAGUUAAGACGAAACGAAAAAUAACUAAAAAAAAAAAAUUUAAAAAAAAAAAAAAAAAAAAAAACAAAAAAAAAAAUUACACGGUCUUUACAAGCUGAUAAAAUGCUAUAUUGAUAACCAAGUCUGAGAACGAUGAUUCUUCCUAUUACUGUAAACGAAUAUAACAGAAUUAAUUACUUAUAAAUAUUGCGAAUAUGGUCUUAUAUAUAUAAAAAAAAAUAUUAUAUUGUAAUUCUAAGAUGAGCGAUCGUGAUUUUUUUUUUUGCGAAUAGACAGAUUUAAAAAAAAAAAAUGGUGAGAAUGACAAAACAUAAACAAUAUCGACCGCGUAAAUUUUAUUUCCAGUCGCGUCAAAAGGCUCUACUAUUUUUUAAAUGAAAAAAACAAAAACGAGUUAUUUAUAAUCAAUUAAAAAAAAAAAAAAAAAAUAGUUGCAUCGCGUGGAUAUUGAAUGUCUGCGUUAAAAUAAUCGUGAGCUUUUUUUUUUUUUUAAUUAAAAAUGAUAAUGAUGGUGACGAUGAUGAUGAUGAUGAUGAUGAUGAAAAAAGAUAUUUUUUUUCCUCUAAAAGUAAAGUCAAUUUUGAUUUUACUUUUAAUUUGGAUUAAUUAUCUUAACGAUAAUGAUGAUAUAAAAAAAACCGUGUUCACAUGUAAAUAAGCUGCAUCGCAGCAAAAAAAAAAAAAGAAAAAACUUUUCAAACUAAUAAAUAAGUGCUCAUCACUGCAGUGCCGUAUUCUGUAGAGAUUGUUAAAAUAAAUUAUUUCUAUUCUUCACAGUACCGUAAAAUUUCUUGUGUCAGGGGAGGGGGGGGGCGGAGUUGAAGAGGGAAGGGGGGAGAUAUGCGUGCAGAUAUUUAAAAAAAAAGUAAUAAAUAAAUAAAAAAAUAUAUAAUCCACAUAUAAUUCCCUAUAGAAAUCGGCAGCUUAUUUCCGUGUAAACUUGGACCGAAUAUGUACAAGUUGCGUGUAAAUGUAAAGAAUGAAUUUUUCCCCGAGUGUAUUUACAGAAAGAACAGAGUAUUUUUAAAAGAAAUUCCUUCAAGUUUUAGUUUGUUUUAAAAAAUCGUUAAAUUUUUACUAGUAAAUGAAUAUAUCUCCGAUAUUUUUAAUUAUUUUUUUUUUCUUAGAAAUUAUUAUUAUUAUUAUUAUUAUUAUUAUUGAAAAUUACAUAAUUAUUAAUUAUUAUUAUUAUUAAUUAUUAAUUAUUCUUAUUAUUAUUAAUAUUAUUAUUAUUAUUAUUAUUAUUACAAUUAUUAUUAUUAUUGCUGAUGCUGAGGAAUAAAUGUAUCUUAAAAAGAGCGGAUCUAGGAAAAAUUAUCUUAAAUGAUUUGUUUUUUUGAAUAUGUGCAUUCUAUAGAAUGUAAAAUUCGAUGAAACAAAUCUCUUAUUGAAGAAUGGUAGGCAAUUGAAAUUUAUAAUAAUUUAUAUGUGGGGAGAACAGUUUGUUGAUAAUUUGUGGAUAGGAUGAUAAAGAAAUAGUGAGUAAAGAAAAAAAGAAAAGAAGGAAAGGUUAUUGUUGUAAAUACUAAAUGGACAUUGUAAGUGAAAUAAUUAAAAAAAAAAAAAAAAGGGAAGGAAAAUAAUGAUGAAAAGAACCUGUUAAAACCUUGUGGUAAUAUUUUCACAAGGGGGAGAAUAUUAAAAAGAAAAAAGAAAAAAAAACACAAUUUUUUUUUUUUUUUUUUUUUUGCGAUACUGUUUAUCUCAUCGCUGCGAAUCGCUGUAUAUGUAUAUAUAUAUAUUUAUAUGUUUUUAUAUGAAUAUAUGAAUAUUUAUAAACAUAUAAUAUAUAAAUAAAUAUAUAUAUAUGUAUAUAUAUGUAUAUAAAUAAAUAUACAUGUAUAAAUAAACAAACAAUAAUGCUAAGAAUUCAGAGAAAAACAAACACAUACACACGCGUAAACAUUAUAUAUAUAAAUCAUAUCUAUAUAAAAAAAAAAAAAAAAUAAAAAAAAACGAACUCCAUUGACAGUCUUUUUUUAGAUUAUCCGAAAAUUUCCCAUCAUUUUUUCCUAUAUAAAAAAUUGUUUUUCAAAAAGAAAUUUUUUUUUUUGAUUAAAAGACAAUUUUUAAUUUGUAUACAUUAAUUUUUUUUAAGUUUUCAAUUUUUACAGGAAUUAUCAAAAAUUUGUUAUUGAGAAAUUACAGAUUUUUAGAAAUGAAAGGAAAAUUUUUGCAGAUUUUCACAAAAUUAGAAGAAAUUUUAUUCACCAAGGGAAAAUUGUUUUAUAAUAGCAGAGAAAAUAAUAAUUGUUUUGAGGAUCAUGGACCAAAUUUUUUACAAUAGGCCGAAAACCAAUACCGAAUUCAUAUCUGAAGAAAAUUUUUCAAUUGACGAUGGAAAUAAGAGGAAAAUAUUUCAAUAAGGAGGAAAGAAGUACUUUCAAAAUUAAUGUUUACUUUUUCGAAAAAAUAUUUAACUUUUUUUGAAGAAAAACCAGGAGAAUGUGAAUUUUAUUUUGAGGGUGGAAAAUUCAGGAUGUGUUUAUUGACAGUAGAGGACAAAAUAUUUAAUUUACUGGUACAAUCAACAAUGUGACGACUAUUUUGAAAAGCGACGAGUCCAAAUAUUUUAAAGCCUCGAGAGAAUCUUGCAAAAUAAAGGCAACCAAAAAAAGACAACUAAAUAAUUGGUGAUGUCAAUUUAGUUUUCCAUUACGAAAGGAAAUUCCCAUCAAGAGUUGGAAAAUAUUUGGAAAGAGAAAUUACAGCAAGAAAAAAUGGAACAAUAAUCUUUCCUUCGCAAAAGAGAGUGGAAAAUUCAGGAUGUGUUUAUUGACAGUAGAGGACAAAAUAUUUAAUUUACUGGUACAAUCAACAAUUUAACUACUGUUUUGAAAAUCGAGGAUUCUAAAAUUUUUAAAGAUUUGAUGUAAUCAAUCAAUUUAUCAACGAUUCCAUCAUUUUAUCCCGAAUAAUAAAUAUUACUUGUCCGAUUUUAUUUUUUGCCACGAGAGAAUCUUGCAAAGCAAGACAACAAAAAAAAAAACAAUUAAAUAAUGGGUGACAUCAAGUUUUCCAUUACGAAAGGAAAUUUUCACCGAGAGUUGGAAAAUAUUUGGAAAGAGACAUUGACAGCAAGCAAAAAUGGAAGAAGCCUUCUUUUCUUUGCAAAAGAGAGUGGAAAAUUCAGGAUGUGUUUAUUGACAUUAGAGGACAAAAUAUUUAAUUUACUGGUACAAUCAACAAUUUAACUACUGUUUUGAAAAUCAAGGAUUCCAAAAAUGUUAAAGAGGGUUAAAAAUUUACGAAAUGUUCCUUAAAAGAGCAAGAAGAUAUAUUUAUUCCACGCCUAUUCUUAUCUGAUAUUAAAUUGGCUUAUUUUUAUUCUUGCUCCCAAUUGGUGAAACUCAAUUGUUUUCGGAAUUAAUGCCAAAGAUUUAAUUUAAUAUCUACAGAUAUUCUUUGAAUGUUUCUAAAUUUUAUACACCUAGAGAAAAUUGAUUCAAGGCUUAUUGUUUUAUAAUGGCAGAGAAAAUAAUAAUUGUUUUGAGGAUCAUGGACCAAAUUUUUUACAAAAGGCCGAAAACCAAUACUGAAUUCAUAUCUGAAGAAAAUUUUUCAAUUGACGAUGGAAAAUGGAAAUAAGACAAAAAUAUUUCAAUAAGGAGAAAAGAGGAAUUUUCAAAAUUAAUGUUUACUUUUCGAAAGUAAUGUAAUUGUAAUUUUUAAUAUAAAAUAAACAAAACAAUCUUUUUUUACUUUUA